AUGGCAUUCACGUCGUCCACGACCGACUGGUUUGGCGGCGAGAUGACAAUGAGCCAACACAGACAACCACAGCAGUCGGUCUUCCGAGAGCCGAGAAUGGCAGCAUUCUUCAUUUGCAGCUCUGAAUACCCCAAGGGGAAGAUAUUCCAGAUCGAGAAGCCAUCCGAAAUCUCCCUGUUGCCGCCCGUGGCAAUCAGACGUCCAGCAUUUCCUGACAUGAGAAAACAAUCUAUGCAAAUGCUCACACCAUGUACCCUCUUUGCAAUCGAGGCAUGCCGUAAAUGUCCUUUGCACCAGAACCCUGCUCAAGCCAAUCCAAUCAGUAACCGACCAGAGGAUUUCCUGGCAACAGAUAAGCAGAAGGAUGUCUGCGAUGAGAUGCUAGCCAGAUCACUGGCUUGUGACUGGAGUAACAUGCCUGUGCCUCCCUUGAAACAGAAGGCUGAAGAUGUCAUGGAUCUCCUGCCCUACCACAGAGAGAGCACGCCUAAAAACUUGCAAGACGUCAGAAUGCUCGAGACAGUAUUCGAGGCCGACUUCCAGGCCCAAGUAGAGACAGCUAGCGCGCCUGUUCAGGGGUCCUACAACUUCGGGAUUGGCCCUUGGGACAUGCAAAUCGGCCAACUGCAGAGACCAUUUGGUCAGCGAGGUUGA